AUGGUUGCUAAUUAUACAUUCACAUGGCCCGCUGGCCCCGAAGAAGUUAUUCUUACAGGUACUUUUGAUAACUGGUCUCAAUCACAGCCCCUUGUCAAGCAAAAAGACGGUUCUUUCAAAUUGGAUUUCCCAAUCACUGCUGACCAUUCAGGUAAAUUGUUAUUCAAGUUUGUUGUUGAUGGAGUCUGGAAGGUUUCCUCUGAUGUUGAAAUCGAAAGAGACGAACAUGGCAAUGAGAACAACGUUCUUGAUGCUGACACUUUAAAGAAUGCUGUUCACACCACUUCUAAAGGUGCUGAAGCCAGAAUCCCUGAAAUUGGUGAUACUUCUAUUCUUACAGCUACUGGUGUUGUUCCUGUGGUUGCAGCCUCUGCUAUUGAAGAAACAACCUAUGUUCCUGCUAAGGAAGGAGAAUUCAAGACCACCGUCCAACCUGUGGCUCCUGUAUCUCAAGCUUCUGUUACUGGUGAACCUGGUAUUCAAAUUCCUCAAACUCCCGAAGCUCUUUCUGCUUUUGAAACAGUUAGAGAUGUCGAUCCCAAAACUUUGAAUGAAGAAAUCUCUGCUGAAGAAAAGGCUAAGCAAAAGAAGAAGGUCAAGAGAGCUCAAUACAAAGCCAAGAAGAAGAAGAAGGCUGCCGCUGCUGCUGCUGCUGCCACUGCUGCUGGUGCCACUGCUGCUGGUGCCACUGCUGCUAAUGCUACUUCUUCUGGUGAAGAUGACACUGAAGAAACAGCUGAAUCUACUCCUGAACCUGAAGUAGCUGCUCCAUCUGCUACUGGUGCCGUUGGUGCAGGAGCUCUUGCUGCUUCUCAACCUGAAGCUGAUGUUUCUUCUACUGCAGCUAUCAAAUCGGUUCCUCCAACUUCUGUUGUUGAACCAGAACCAGAACCUGAAGUUGUUGCUGAACCUGAAGUUCCUCAUACUUUGGAUCCAAAGGUUAACCAUGAUGCUAUUAAUGCUGCUGAAACUGCUACUACAUCUGCUGCUUACCCUGAAGUUGAAAAUGAUUUCAUUGCUGAAGAAGGAAAGAAUGUUGAUCAACCAGAAGCUACUGCUGCUGCUACUGCUGCUGUUGCUCAUCAUCAAGGAGCUGAGGAAGAAGAAGAAAUCAUUGCUGCUAAAGGUGACAAGGAAGCUGUUGCAGCCGCAAUUGCAGCAGAAGAAGGGCAUCCUGUUGAAGUUGAAGAAGUUGAACCAACCAAAGAGCAAAAGAAGGAAGCUGAAGAGGCUGAAGCUAAUGCUAAAGAAUCUGCUGCAGAUGCUAAGAUCAAGGAAGCCACUGCUGCUGCUAAUGUUGCUGCUGCUAAGAUGGGUGAAGAAGCCAAGGUUGUUGCAGCUGAAACCAAGAAGAUCAUUGAAGAAAAGAGAGAGAAGAGAAAGUCUGGAUUUUCUAGAUUCUUGAAGAAGAUCUUCAAAUAA